AUGGCGUCACCACUUCACAACGCAACAACAGCAGCCUCACACGGCGCGGAAUUUGGCUCGCAACAACACGCAACGACAACCAGUCUGGUUUCGCAGAUCACGCUCAGCAAUGUCGCCGCGGCGCUGGCGCUGUACGUCGUCGCGUCAACCCUUGCGAUGGCGGUGAUAAGUAAGCCUUUGUAUCCACGCGGCGUUCCAUGGGUGGGAGGUACGAAGAAGGAGGGAGAGAAGGUGCCGGAUGGCGGAGGCUUGCUGGCUAGUGCGAAGGCGAUGGUUAUGGGCGUUGUGCACAUGACGACGUGGGUGAAGGAGGGGUAUGAGAAGUAUAGCAAACAAAACCGCACCUUCAUCCUCCCCAGCCAGACUCCGGGCGCCCCACCAGAGCUCGUCCUCCCGCGUAGCCAAAUGGCCUGGCUGCUCGAGCAGCCUGACAACGUUCUUUCUACCUCUGCCUCGCAUUACGACUCCCUUAAUGGCGAUUACUCCUUCCUUACGCCUGCGCUGCUGGCGGAUCCCUACCACGAGCACGUCAUCCACCGCUCGCUCGCCCGCAACCUCAACCCCCUGAUCCCGGCCAUUGACGCCGAGGUACGCGAUGCCACGGACAGGGCAUUCGGCCUCGACACGACCGAGUGGAAGAGCGUGAACGUGUGGGACGCACUGCUGGACCUGGUGCCGCAAGUCACGAACCGCAUGCUCGUCGGCGCGCCGCUGUGCCGCGACAGGUCGUACCUGGCGGCCAUGGUCGGCUUCACCAACGACGUGGUGCGCAACAUGCUGCUCUUCACCUUCAUCCCCGCCGCGCUCAAGCCGCUGGUGGGGCCCGUCCUCGGCCUGCCCAACUGGCUGCACUGGAAGCGGACGGCGCGGCAGACGUUGCCGCUGGUCCGCCAGCGCCUCGCCGACAUGGAGGCCAAGGACGCGGGCGCGCCGGGCUACGAGAACUGGGAGGAGCCCAACGACUACCUGAGCUGGCACAUCCGGCUGGCGCGCCGCGAGAACCGCCAGGACGAGCUAGACCCGGUGCGCGUCACGCAGCGCAUCACGCCCCUCAACUUCGCCAGCAUCCACACGACCGUCAUGACGGCCCACGCCACCAUCCUCGACCUGCUCGCCUCGGACCCGGCCGACGGCUUCCUCGACGGCCUGCGCGAGGAGGCGGCCCGCGUCUGGAAGGAAGAGGACUGCGACACCACCGGCACCUGGAACAAGAACGGCCUCGCCCGCCUGCUGCGCGCCGACUCGGCCAUCCGCGAGAGCAUGCGCGUCUCGGCCUUCGCCCAGACGCUCGUCGGCCGCAAGGUCGUGGCGCCCGCCGGCAUCACCAACGCCGCAGAGGGCUGGCACGUGCCGCAGGGCGCGAAGCUGUCGCUGCCGCUGUGGGGCGCCCAGCACGACCCGGACCUGUUCGACCGCCCCGACGCCUUCGACGCCUUCCGCCACUCGCGCGAGCGCGAGGCCUGGGAGGCCAAGACCGCUGACGAGCGCGGCGCUGACCGCAUGGAGGAAGGGCUGCGCCUCAAGCAGAAGGGCAUGGUCACCACCGGCGACACCCACUUCCCCUGGGGCCACGGCCGCCACGCUUGCCCCGGCCGCUUCUUCGUCGCCCACGAGCUCAAGAUGCUGCUCGCCUACCUCGUCCAGAACUACGACAUCAAGCCCCUGGCCGAGCGCCCCAAGACCAGGUGGAUCGGCAUGAACAUCGUGCCGGCUGUCGACGCCCGCAUCGAGGUCAGGCGGAAGCCUGGAACGGUUCCGGUUUGA